AUGACACUCAAGAGCGCUGUGCGGGCAAAUGACAUAAGGGACAUGAAACAUUUUCGCCAGGGCCGGCGACGGCGGCUGACACACGUGCUGAACGGGGUAAGCGAGUCACCAGCCCAAGGUCACGUUUGCGGGAGGGAGGCUAGGCGUCUCGGAGGCGGGCAGCAGCCGUCUCAGGGCUGUGGGACCCUCGGAGCCGCCCGCCCCGGCCCUCCUCUCGCCCUCCGCUCGCGCGCGGGGUCCGGACGCCGUGGCCGCGCCGCCUUACCCGAGCCCCCUUCUCGAUUCUCCGCCUCGCGGGGCCACAGCAGAGCGCGGGGACCCCGGGCCGCUCGGCCACAGAAGCCCAGCCCACUCGCCGGCUCUAGGACGCUGUUGCCCGAGCAACGGCGACACUCGUUGAUUGGAAUAGGAGCCUGCGCACCCGACAAGGAGAGCAGCUCCGAUUGGCUAAGCCGAUACGAAGCCGAGGCUCAGAGCGGGGUCUUCUGUCCCGGGACACGCAGCUGGUCUAUGGCAGAACCGGAGUUAGAACCAAGGCAGGCCAGGCCCUGCUCUCCGUUGUCGGGGAGAAGGGACCAGAGGGGCAGCCUUGCUGAGGGGCCCCCUGCACCCAUUUCUGGCGGCGGCGAAGCGAUCGUCCGCUGUCACGCUGGGCAACCUGACUGCACAUCGCGGGGAAGCUGGUCUUCUCACCGAGGGGUACUGUCAUCUUCUCUUGCUCAGACCCCCCGCACCCUCCCUCCCCAUCCCCGGCACCUGGCCUCACCUCCAGUCCCCUCGACUCCAAACGACUGGAGCACACUGUUGUCUCGCAGCCUCUUAGACGCCCAUCUCUUCUGCUCUUCUUCCAAAGAGAGGCUGCUCUUCUUCCAGCCUCUCCACGUCUGCCCUCAAUCCCACCCACCCCCACCCCCACCCCCACCCCCCAAUGGCCUUCUCAGAGACUUCAUUGCUUAGGUCAGCCAGUGCUCAAGAAUGUGCCCUGGGAACCGCUGGCGGUCCUGAGACCCUUUCAGGGAGUCCAUAAUCGUCCAAACUGUUCCCAUAGUAAUAGGAAGAUGGGACUCGCCUUUUCACUCUUACUUUCUCUUGAGGGGUGCAGUAGGGUUUUCUAGAAGCUACACGAUGUGUGACACUGCAACAGAUUGAAUGCAGACGGAGAUGGGAGAUUCCAGCUGUCUUCUCUGAAGUCAGACAUUAAAGAGAUUUGCAAAAAUAUAAAACUGCCUCUCUUUUCACACACUUUGUUUUGGAAAGCAUAAUAAUUUUUCAUUAAAAAAAGUUCAUACGUAA